CGCUCCUCCUCUUCAACGAAAAAACUAAACGACAAACAUGGGCGCAAUCAACUGGCUCGUCCUCCUAUUGACACACCCGCUCGAGUUCAGGACUCUAGUGCAGUUCUGGCUGUACCAUGAACAGAAACGCGAUAUCAAGGCUAUCAAGGAGCACCCCACGUCCGGCUGGGACCGCGAGAGCAUGCGCAGGUGCUGGCACUUCCUCGACCUCACCAGCAGGAGUUUUGCUGCAGUCAUCAAGGAGCUCGAUGGGGAUUUGGCGAGAACCAUCUGCAUGUUCUACCUCGUCCUGCGCGGACUGGACACGAUCGAAGACGACAUGACCAUCCCAGACGAUGUCAAACAGCCCAUCCUCCGGCGCUUCCACGAGUACACCGUCACACCCGGCUGGAAGUACGAAGGCUGUGGCCCGAACGAGAAGGACCGCCAGCUCCUCGUCGAAUACGACACCAUCGUCGAGGAAGUUAACAGACUCGCCCCUCACUACAAAACAGUCAUAAUCGACAUCUGCCGCAAAAUGGAGACAGGCAUGGCAGACUACGCCCACAAAGCAGCAACGACAGGCUCAAUAUACCUCUCCACCAUCGCCGAAUACGAUCUCUACUGCCACUACGUAGCCGGCCUCGUCGGCGAGGGACUCUCCCGCAUCUUCAGCGCCUCAGGCAAAGAAGCUCCCUGGCUCGGCGAGCAACUCGAACUGAGCAAUUCCAUGGGCCUGCUCCUUCAAAAAACCAACAUCAUCCGGGACUACCGCGAAGAUACCGACGAACAGCGGUACUUCUGGCCUAAAGAAAUCUGGGGCUCCUUCGGUUUCAAGGAGAUGAAGGAGAUGUACGAGGAGGGGAAUAAGGAGAGAGCGCAGUGGGCGCAGAGCGCUAUGAUCCUGGACGCCCUCAGGCAUUGCGAAGAUUCCUUGGAUUAUUUGAAGAUGUUGAAGAACCAGAGUGUGUUCAACUUUUGUGCGAUUCCGGCUACGAUGGCGAUUGCGACGCUCGAGUUGUGUUUUAUGAACCCCGCCAUGUUCCAGAGGAAUAUCAAGAUUAGGAAGGCGGAGGCUGCUAGGUUGAUCAUGAGGUCUACAAAUCCCAAAGAAGUAGCACUCAUCUUCCGAGAUUACGCUCGCAAGAUUCAUCAAAAGGCGCUCCCCUCCGACCCUAGCUUCCUCAAACUUUCCGUUGCAUGCGGCAAGAUCGAACAAUGGUACGAACACAACUACCCCUCCUUCGUCAAACUCGUCGACUCGCCUCAAGGCCCUCGCCCCGAAAUCGACUCUUCAGACGUACGUUCGAGGAUUUUUAAUGCCAUUUCGUAUCGGAACCAGGUGUUGGCGAAGAAGAGGAAGGAGAGCGGUGGUGGGGCUGUUGGUGGUGGGGGUGUGAGUGGAGCGAAUGGGGAGUCGAGUGACUUCCCCCAAGUAACAACAACCGAAAUGUCCGUCAAAGAAGUCGCGAUGUACGUUGCGGCCGCCUUCGGAGUGGUACUAGCCGUGUCGGGUGGGAUUGUGUGGGUUAUUCUCAAGUUGUCGGGGCCGGGGAGUCCGUUGGGUGGGCAGGCUAGUGGGAGUGGGUUUGGAGAGCUGUAGUAGGUGGGUUGGGGGUGUUAUUAGGGAGUGGGUUUAGGAGGUGUAGUGGGAGUGGGCUUGGGGAGGUGUAGUCUUCCCGGCGGCUACUAGGGCUGCUGUGGUGUGCUCUGGAACAUACGUCGCGUAUAUCUUUAUAUGUUUCCGUUCAUUCACUACCAUCUAUCUAUCUAUUCCCCCUUUUUUCUUUCUGUUCCUAGUCCCUUAGUAGUUCUUUAGUUCUUAGUUUUUUCGAACGUAUAAUAUUGGACACCCCGUGAAUGCGAAUGUACAGUUGGUGUUGUACACACAUACUCGAGCAUGCAUUUAUCGAAGCACGAUAUAUCUUCGGAAG